CCCCGGCCCGAGGCCGGCAGCAUGUGGGGGGCGGCCGAUGCGGAAAUGCUUCAAAGAGCAUCAGAAGAAUUCUCUCCAAAGAUGGAGAUUCCUGAGGAGGAGAUGGAUACAACUGAUACCCAAUGGGGCUGGUUUUACUUGGCUGAAUGUGGCAAAUGGCAUAUGUUUCAGACUGAUUCAAACACUCAGUGUUCAGUUAGCAGUGAAGACAUUGAAAGGAGCUUCAAAAUGAAUCCAGAAGGCUCUGUUUCUUUUACUACUGCAAAAUUUAACUACAAGUUAGACUUUUCAGUGAUGAAACAAACCAAUCUGACUACUGGAAAACAGCGUCCAAUAAAGCGAGCUCCCUUUUCUAUCAGUGCUUUCAGUUAUAUCUGUGAAAAUGAGGCUAUCCCAAUGCCUUCACACUGGGAGAAUGUAAAUACAGAGGAACCAUAUCAGCUUAUUCCUUUGCAAAAACAAACAAAUGAAUAUAAUGAAGUUUCUAGUCUCUUUGGGAAAACAAUGGAUAGCAACCGAAUUAAAAGAAUUCAGAGAAUUCAAAAUCUAGACUUGUGGGAGUUUUUUUGCAGGAAAAAAGCUCAGCUAAAGAAGAGAAGAGGUGUCCCUACCAUUAAUGAACACAUGUUAUUUCACGGUACCAGCAAUGAAUUUGUAGAAGCAAUAUGCAUUCAUAACUUUGACUGGAGAAUAAAUGGUAUGCAUGCUGCUGUGUAUGGAAAAGGGACCUAUUUUGCAAGAGAUGCAUCGUACUCCAGUCGUUUCUGCAAAGACGAUAUGAAGCAUGGAGACACUUUUCAAAUCCAUGGUGUCAAUCUGCAACAUCAUGUGUUCAGAACGUAUAAAGUUAUGUUUCUUGCUCGUGUUUUAACUGGAGACUAUGUCAUCGGAGAUUCCAAAUACAUGAGACCUCCUUCAAAAGAUGGGAGCUUUGUGAACUUAUUCGACAGCUGCGUGGAUAGUACUUGGAAUCCAAAGAUCUUUGUUAUCUUUGAUACCAACCAAAUCUACCCUGAAUAUUUAAUAGAGUUCUGUUAAGUUUUGCAAGGAGCCAAACUGAAUAUUAGUUUGGUUGUGAUGGAUGGUCAGUAUGUCUUUGCGAAGGAAAUAUAACUUACAAUUCUUUU